AUGCCCCACCAGCCACAGUCCACUGGUCAGAUCAUCUGUCAAGGCUGCCAUGUCACUUUGGCUUAUCCAAUAGGCGCCCCAUCUGUGCGUUGUCCAAUGUGUACAACAAUUACACCCGUACAGCAGUUUAGUGUUACUUGUGUGUGUUGUCGUUGUAUUCUCAUUUUACCACAAAAUACAAGUCUCGCUAUGUGUCCACGGUGUCGUACAGUGAUGAGUAUUCCAGCCGCUAUUCGUGAGGGUUUAUCUAAUCAUCCACCACCAAAACAAUGUGUGUAUAUUGAUCGACCAGCUUUUGAUAAAUCCGGCCGCAGUGUCGCUCAUCUCUCCGUUGGCACCAAGUUGGAUGAUGAUAGCAAUGUACCUGAUAUACCCAAACGAAAAUAA